AUGUUCACUGACAUCCAUGCUCGUCCGAAUCAGCCAUGUAUCUUGGUACAUGCCACGGAUGAUUGGCCAUGCCAAACAUGGUCGCUUGACUAUAUUAAAGCACAUUGGGGCAAGCGGACGUUCCAGGCAGAAGCUAUGCGUGUAUUAGGUGGUGCCUACGUGGACUAUGCUCGCUCAGUCUCUGCGGGAAGUCCUAUGGGCGUGGGUGCAUGCUCUAUACCAGAUAUCUCGCCAUUCUAUCUGUUUGACUCGGAGGUGGCCUCCCAGGAACCGGAAGCCGCUUCAGCCUGGCGUGUCCCUGCUCUGGUAGGUCGAUGCGCCAUUGGUGCCAAGGGCGCAGGCAUCGAUCGUGAUAUUGACGAGCAUACUCGCGCCGAUCUUUUCUCUCUGUUUGGAGACAAGCGCCCUGAUUACCGUUGGCUCAUUGCAGGGCCAGCCCGCAGUGGGAGUGGAUGGCACAAAGACCCGAACAUGACGUCCGCAUGGAAUGCAGUCAUGCAUGGAACCAAGUUCUGGAUGAUGCUGCCGCCUACGACAACGCCACCAGGUGUUUUCGUUUCUAGCGAUCAAUCUGAAGUGACAGCACCAGCAAGUCUGAGCGAGUGGAUGCUCGAUUUUUAUGCAGAGACCAAGGAAAAACAUGGCCGUCGUGAGUGUGGUGGUGAUGGACAACUUCUUGAAGGUGUAUGCCAUGCAGGAGAAGUGAUGUAUGUCCCCAGUGGCUGGUGGCAUCUAGUGAUCAAUCUGGAUGAGUCGGUGGCUCUCACGCAAAAUUUUGUCAGUGUCAACGAGCUAUCAGCUGUGCUGGCAUUUAUGAAGUAUUCUCCCGAUCAAAUUAGUGGAUUCUGCACGGAUGUGAAUAAAGCCUCUGUCUUCGACGAGUUCUUUGCCAAACUCCGCGCUUAUGACACAGCACUAGCGGAGUCUUCUCUGGCCGCUAUGCCUAGACCCAAACGCUCAGAGCCCACACGAAGAGAUUGGCGCCAAAAGCUCUGCGAUACCGCAACUGAUACCCCUUGGACGCUUACAGACAUCGUGGAUACAGACGAACUUGGCGACGUGCCAUGGUCAUAG